UCCUUUUCAGAACUCUUGUGGAACUAGAACAUUCUCUUUGCUUAAGCACCAGGAACAGGUUGGCCAGGACCUCCCUUUUCUGCACAGGAUGCUAAGGCCUGUUUUGAUCUGUAGAUUGUAGAGGUCUUGGCAGAAUCAGGAUGCUGUGUGUGAUAUCAUCUUCUAGAUUCAGACUCAUCACACUGCCCUUGAGAUACUGAAAUGUAGAUUCUUGGGCUAUUACCAUCUGUAACAUUUUUGAGUUUCAGCUUUUCAUAUGUGUCAGAAACUCUAGGACAUUCAGAAUUUAUCCAGUCAUGACUUACAACCCUUUCCUGGCUAGCCUCUAAUUAGGUUUGAAUUAUUUUGUCCAUUUUGAAUGGUGGCUAACUAUUUUCAAGUGUUUGACUUUCUGCCCUAUGGCCUCUCCAUUUUGAUAAGGCUUUUUUUGAUCAGGUGUUCAUUAUACAUUUCUGUAAUGUUGUCAUUUCCUGUUUUGCACACUGUGUUUACCUUAUGUGUGUGGAUAUCUCAUAGCAAGUUAUUAAUAUUGGUUAAAUACACAUCCAUUCUAAUAGUAAGUCUUGAUGAGUGUUGGGGGACAAUGUUCAUAGAAAAUUUAUAAUACAUUUAAGAAGUUUAGAGAUUUUAUUGCCAAUGUUAAUACUUGGAGGCUUUGUGUUUUAAAUUAUAAACAUUCCUAUGAAAAGUGAUUUCCGUCAUCUUAGAGACAUUUACUUAAGGUGCAGAAAUUUCAUGAUGCCGAAUUGUAAGGCAUUGCACAUUUCAGUAUAUUUUCAGUUUGAUGAAUAUAUAUAUAUAUAUACAUAUAUAUAUAAUUUUAUAUUUCUUACACAUAGAAAUUUUAUGGCACUAUAAAGAAGUGAGUUUAAUGACCCCAUUUUUGUUCAUUAGUAAUUAUAUACUAAAGACUAAAUUCUCAUUACAAGGCCCUUAAAUUACUGCCUAUAAAAAGAGAGACCUCUUUGAUUUUGUUCUCCAUACAAUUCUAGUUAUUGUAUUGAGGGAAGUCAUCAAACUCUUUAGUAGUCUAAACCUUUAAUUUGGUUUUAGAACAGCAGUCAUAUAUUGAACUCUCAAAUUGCCAUGUCUUUAACAAGUAAUGCAAACACUCUGUAUUAAAAAGGUAAUGACCAUAACUUCUCUUGGAGGCUUUUUUGUACUAAUUUUUAAAAGAGGACAUUUGAGAUAAAUAUUCCACAAAAGCCAAAAUCUCAUACAUUUAAUGAUGGUCGAGGUAUGGGUAUGUGUAGAAGGGAAAGAUGGCCGUUUUUCUAGUGGUGUCUUUAAGUGGACAAUUUACUAAUUAUGUUGAGGUAAACAUUUUACAACUCUAAGGAAAACUUCAAUUAUCUGAAUGAAAUGAAGUAUGUAAAAUUGACUCAGAUAAGUGGGGGGACUCUUACUUUAAAUGAUGCAUGUUAAGAGAUAUGACCUCAAUUUUCACCCCCCUUUAUGUUUGUCAUUCCCUUUUACAUUAUUGCAUUGUGAUUCUUUUUGGUCACAAUAGGAAUCAUUGAUGGGAGGAAGUAGUGUUGAGCUGUGGGUUUUUUUUUUUUUUUAAUAUCUUUUUCCCCAAAUCUGGAAUGAUGUUCUGUGACAUUAGUGAUUGUUUAUCUCUGGCCUAUACUGCCUUAUGUUUUAGUGAUAUUCCAGAACCUUUCAUUUUGUUAGCUUCCUCACAAACAUGUAUGGACUCUGAGAAUAUGAUUUGAAUAAAAUUAAACCACAUUCCUCUCUAAUCUACAGAUGCUUAUACUUUUCAAAAGUUGGGUUUUCACCAAGUAGAUUGAGCUGGAUAAACCUUUAAUCUAACUCUCUUUUUUUUCUUUUCUUUUCUUUUCUUUUUUUCAGAGCUGGGGACCGAACCCAGGGCCUUGUGCUUACUAGGCAAGAGCUCUACCACUGAGCCAAAUCCCCAACCCUUUAAUCUAACUCUUUAACAGCUAUUUUGUAGUGUAAAUGCUUAGAACUGAAACCAAGGGCAUGACUCUUGACCUUUGUAGAUUCUAACUUGAAAUGGAAAUUUUUCUGAUUGAUUAGGGUUUAAGAAAAUGAUUUCUAUUGCAGAUGACUUAGGUUUUCAGUACUUUUGACUUUGAAAGCUAUUGUGUAAUUUGUACAUGGCCUCUGUAGCUGUGAUGACCUUACCUUUGAAAUGUCUUCUUUUUAAUGUAAACAGAUCACAUAAAUGACAUAUGUAAGUCAAUUUACUUCACUAUUUAGUUUUGCUAUAGAUGAUCUCCUUUACUUGAAGCAUGUGAGAACAUUCCCAUUUUCAACAUGUACCUUUUCAUUUGUUGGAGUUGGGGAUUUAGCUCAGUGGUAGAGCGCUUGCCUAGCAAGCGCAAGGCCCUGGGUUCGGUCUCCGAAAAAAAGAAAAAAAAAAGUCAUUUGUUGAUUUUUAAGAUGCAGUUUGAGUCAUAUCUUGAUUGAUUUGGGCAGAGUGUGGUAUCAGCAAGUGCUGUAUCAACUUUGUGAGCAAUCGCUGAGUCACUGAGGCUUUCUUUAGUAGAUCUGCGUGUAUGAGCAAAGAUUUUGGGCUUAGCAGUCAGUUGAGACUGAUUUUGAAUUUUGUGCGAUAUAAGCAUAGGUCUUGGGAGGAAGGUAGGUAUUUAAACAUGUAUGAAUUUCAGUUUCCUCAUGUUGAAAUGGAGAUGAUAUCACGUGGCACUUAAAAAUGAUCUUUGAUGCAUUAAUUUAUGAUCAUAUUUAAAUAGUAUAGAUUAAUACACUAAUUAAUAUGCUAUUUAAAUACAAGAUAUAGGUAAUCAAAUAAAAACCUUUUCAAAUAGAGAUCUGGUUCAGUUGACUUUACAAAAGCAUGAAUUAUCAAUCUGUUUAUGUAUACAUAAUAUACUGAUAUAUGCUAUAAAGGGGCAGAAUAUAUUGUUCUUAUAGUUUAGAUGUCUCCUAAAGGACUUGGUUUCUAAAGUGGUGUGAUUAACAGGGUCUCUUAGAAAGGUAGGGCCUAAUAUUGCAAGGUAUUCAAGGAUACUGGGGGGAAUCAUGAAACACUAGGCACAUAAUUUCUGUGUCCUGGCUUGAGAUGCAUUACCUCCAGCUUGCUCUUUCACUAUGAUAUGCUUCCCUUUCCAGAAGUAUUCAUGUAUAGUAAAGAUAAGUUAUCAAGACUUAAUGUUAGAUAUGCAUAAUGUUAGAUAUGUGACUUCAAACAAACGACUUCUGCUUCUAAUCUGGAUUUCUUCAUCUAUGGCAUAGCAGCUAAUGAGUAGAUAUCUAAGAGGAUUAAAUGAGAUAUUUUUAUACGCAGACUCAAUGCUGAUUGCUGUUAUUUGUAUUACUAUUAAAUUCCAGACACAUGAGAGCAUUUUGAAUUAAAAGCAAAAUUGUAAAUACAGAUACUUGGUACACCACUUGAAUAGGGAUAUUUACUAUGGAUUUGGAGAUGUCACCUAAUCAUUUAUAGCUUUCUGUGUUUGCUUAAGAUAGUAGUUCUCAAGCUGGGCAGAAGUGCCUAGUCUAGCACUUGGAGGGAGAGGCCAGUGAAUCUUGGAGUUCAAGGCCAGCCUUGUCUUCAGAGUGGUUCCAGGAUAGCUAGGGCUACACCGAGAAACUCUGUCUUGGGAAGCAAGCAAACAAGGAAGCAGAAAGCGACAGUAGUUCUCAGAAUAUGUUAUAUCUAGUUGUUAGUAGGUGGGGUGCUCAAAAUUAAGACUAUUAUCAUAGUAAUAAAACUUCUUGCCUUUUUGUCUUGUAAUGUGCAAAUCUGUGAAUAUCUUCUUAGAAAUUAAAUGCUAGUGAUGUCAUGCUAUGCUACUAAUUGUAUAUGUCUCAUGUGACAUAUGUAUUUAAAAACACUGAAAACAUCAAAUAUUCAGCCAUCUUCACUUCAGAAGGUACUUGUGGGAGAAGUAACAAUGAGAUUUUUAAAAUUUUAACUUAUUAUUAUUAGUCUUUCUUUUAAUAUUCCCUGAGAUUAAAUUGGAAGGAUGCAAAAGCACUUCUGAUUUAUAUGCUGUAGUAUAUAUUGCUUGUCUAAAGGAAAAAAAAGCACUCGUUCUUUUUUCUGAGUUAUUAGUAAAGCUAGCCACAUUUUUUUUUUUAAAUAUGAAACACUGGUUCUACUUUAAAGAGUGACUAGAAAAGAAACUAUGGUGAUUUAGACUUAGUCAUUUGUCAGCCAUUUUCUUGAAAAUAAAGAAGAGGAUUUGUCACUUGAAGGGCAAAAACUGUUAAGGUUUGUCCCCAAAGAUAAAAAUCUAAAUUUUUAUAUGAAAAUUAAAAUUUUAGAAAACCUUUGUUACCUGCUAUGUUCUUAUCAGCUUUUCAGUAUUUGAACAAUCCUUCUAGCAACACAGUGAUACUGAUGGAUGUUUGCUGCUAUAUAAUGAAUUAUGACAAGAUUUGUAUCAGUAGACCAAUAGUUUUAAAAUGAGAACUGUUACAAGAAAGGUUGAAAGAGCCUCUCAAAAAGCAAGUAAAAUAAUACAAAAAAGUGCUUGUGUUAGGAUCCACAUUGUAACCAGCCCUUAAGAAACUCCUGUUUUGCUAAGUUUUGGUAUAGUAUCAUAAAGAUUAUCUAUUAUUAUAUGGAUAAGUUAUUAGUAUUAACAUAUUUUUCUUACUGUAUUUUGUGAAGCCAUUUUUUACGUAGCUUAGUCUAAACUAUAUUUCACAGCAGAAUCAGUGUAGAAGCAGAUAUGAGAAUCCUCUUGUCUUCUCACAAGCUAAACAAUGAUAUUUGAAAGACCUAUAUCAUCAUUACUUUCUUAUUAAGCUUUUGUAUUUUGAGAAGUGUUUUUACAAAAUGUAAAAUUUAUUUUAAAUAUUACAUAUCUUACUAGAUUUAUGGUGAUUUAGCAAAUAGUUUCUAAUACAACAAAUAUUGAUAAUUUUAAUGCAUAAAGUAUUUUGGGGUGAUCUAACAAUUUUUAAGAAUACAAAAGGAGUUUAGACACUAAGAAAUUUGAGAACUCUUUAUGUUAAUUAAGGUCAAUGAAUGGUGUCUUACAUAUUUAGUCUUUUCAGGAUUUUUUAAAUAUGUGCUACAUGAAAGUAGUUUAUUGUCUUAAUUUUAAGGCUGUAUAUUAUUGGACUUUUGUGUCACUUUAGAAAUAGGCAAGGUUCUUGCAUAUCUUCAAAGAUUUAUAUUUUCUGGAUUGGUCCCAGCCAAGUAACUACUUUAAGUUGAGAUAGUAGUAAUUUCAGAUAACCUCUUCUUCCUCUUCUUCCCUGAUGCCUUGUGUGUCAUUGUGAGCUUUGAUGUGAGUUUAUGUUCAAAGGGACACAGAUGAUAUGGGCCUCCUUGGAAGGUGGACAUAGCAUUUGGGUAAAGUAGACAUAGACGCUUGGAUCAGCUGUCAGUAGUGGAGAGGAAAGAAAUGGAGUAUGUAUUCUUCUGAGACAGAUCCUAAAACAAGUGAGAGAUAUUUCAAGGUGAGUAUUCUUAGGUGAGGAAGACAGCGAUAUGUAUAGAUUUUGAUUUUAUUAUACUCUUAUAUUUGGUGUUUGUAUGAACUGUGCUGAAGCACAGAAGAGCAGGCAAUUUGUGAAGGCUAAAUUGGUAGGCCACAAGUUUGAAGGUUCAAAGAAAAUAGUUAAGAGGAAUCACUGAGACUGGGAGAAGUUGAAAUAUUCAGGUUGUAAAGGAAUCCAAAGAUAGUCACAUGUCAGAGCGGUUGUUAGAGCAUGUUGGAAGUGACAGCAUGCUUGUUCAGCUCUGAAAAUAGGAGCGAUCUCCAUUACAGAGGGUACAGAGUAAACGUCCAGAAUAGGAGAGCGUCGGCAUGGAAGAGGCCAGUGUUGGAGACUUGAAGCUGAGCUGUUUGUUCCUGCCCAAGGUCCUUUGAUUCAACCUGUGCCAAGGGGAAGAGCAAAGGGAGUGUAGCUGUCUACCUACAUUGGAGGGAGAUAUUGAGUGGUGGGACGUGAGACAGGGAAACAGUUGAUUUAUUAUUGUCAUUCAUCUGAGGUUAUUAAUACAGCAGACCGUUGAUAUCACAAUUUCUAAACCAAAAGCUUCCCUAGGCUAAGAGUUGGUAGACUUCUCUCUUUAAACGACCCAGAUGGCAAAUAUUUUGGGCUGGUAUUUUGUGGCUGUUUUUGGUACGAAAACAGCUGUACAUAAGUAGUUAAGGAACAUUGAUCAUCGUUUAGUAGGUGUUAUUUAUAGAGACUGAAAUCUGACUCCAUGUUGUUUUCACAUGUCACACGAUAUAAGUUAAUUUUACUAAUUAUUUAAAAAUAUAAAGCCCAUUUUAGGUUAUACCUAUAUAAGAAGCAGUGCUGAUUUUCUUCUUGUGUUCUAGCUUGCUGACCUCUGUUUUAGGAAGUAAGUGUCUUAUCAAUUAUGAUGAAGAGAGCUUGGCAGUACUGAAAGAGAUGCUGUCUAGGACAGCGCUGUUAGUGAUAAUGUCUUGUAGGUGACACUAAUGAUAAAAAUCCAUUUAAGUAUUUAGAUGUGACAUCUGCAGCAGGUUCUAAUCGUUCAGUUAUGAGACAGACUGGAAACUUGACAAGGAUUGUCACCUACUGUGCAGAGACAGGCAAAAUCCAUUACAGAAAUCGUCUGGGUGAGCUGCCUGAUACACCGUUUGACAAAGACGGUGAAAGAGAAGUUUGCCACAUCCUUGGGGUGACUAGCUGGGAGUGUGGCACAAGUAUAGAUUAAGCUGUGUAUUUCCAAAAACUUUAUGACUACAUAAAAAUAAAAGUGAAAAAAAUGGGUAGUGGUGAUUAGUUUAGUUGAAGUAAAUUUGAUCUUCAUUUGCGGAUUGUAAACUACAUUAUCUUUCUGUGAUGAUAUGUAGUGAUUGCCUUGGUAAUCUGACUUUAACGUAGUUAUUACUUUUUAGGAUCGAGCUAAAGGGAAAUGCAAUGAAGAAUGACAACUGUGUACCAGACUAGGUACCAGAUCGGAUAUCAGUACAUCCGGAUCAUAAGGUUUGAUCAAGCCAAUGAGUAUUCUUAUCAUUGAGGCAUUUUAUGGAGGCUCCCAUCGACAGCUGGUAGAGCUGCUCCGAGAAGAAGUGGAUGACUGUGUGCUGUACACCCUUCCUGCAAAGAAAUGGCAUUGGCGAGCACGCACAGCAGCGCUGUACUUCUCACAGAGUGUGCCCAGCAGUGAGCACUACAGUUUCUUUCCUAGGGUCCUCUUUGCAAGCUCAGUACUCAACCUGGCUGAACUGAGUGCACUUCGGCCUGAUCUGGGAAAAUUGAAGAAGAUACUGUACUUCCAUGAAAACCAGUUGGUAUAUCCUGUCAAGAAGUAUCAGGAGAGGGAUUUUCAAUAUGGAUAUAACCAAAUUCUCUCAUGUUUGGUGGCUGAUGUUGUGGUAUUCAAUUCCAAUUUUAAUAUGGAAUCAUUUCUUACUUCUAUUGGAAAAUUCCUGAAGCUGAUUCCUGAUCACAGGCCUAAGGAUCUGGAAAGCAUUAUCAGACCCAAGUGUCAAGUAAUUUACUUUCCCAUCAGAUUUCCUGAUGUGAGCAGAUUCAUGCCCAAGCACAAAAUAGCCCACUUAAGGAGGAUGCUCAGCCUUAUUGGAAAUGAUGCUGCAGCGCUGUCUGUGACGCUUCCUCCCCAACCAGAGCAGAGGCUUUCUAAGAAGUCACUGGAGAAUUUUGAAUCAAAGUCUGAUGAACACCCUGGCCUUGAUACUGAACAAGAAACCCUGGACACCCCAACAAUCCUCAAAUCAGUCUCCCUUCCUGUGAGCGAAGAAAACCCGGCUCUUGGUCACAGCACCUUUUUGUGUGGAGCUGAAGAUCAGCAGAGACCGCUGCACAUUACAUGGCCGCACAGGUGGGAGCAUGACAAAGAUCCAGAGACGUUUUUAAAGGUCUUAAUGCAUCUAAAAGAGUUAAGGCUCAAUUUCUACGUCUCUGUCCUUGGAGAGACUUUUACAGAUGUACCAGAUAUAUUUUCAGAAGCCAAAAAGGCACUGGGCUCUUCAGUCUUGCACUGGGGCUACUUACCCAGUAAAGAAGACUAUUUCCGAGUACUGUGCACGGCUGAUGUUGUCAUCUCAACAGCCAAGCAUGAAUUCUUUGGAGUAGCAAUGUUGGAAGCUGUGUACUGUGGCUGUUACCCACUCUGUCCCAAAGACUUGGUUUAUCCUGAAAUCUUUCCAGCUGAGUAUCUGUAUUCCACACCUGAACAGCUUUCAAAAAGGCUCAAGAGUUUCUGUGAGAGACCAGACAUUAUAAGAAAACAUCUUUAUAAGGGUGAAGUGGCUCCAUUUUCUUGGGCAGCCCUACAUGGUAAAUUCAGGUCUCUGCUCACAACAGAACCCAGGGAAGAUUUGUGACAGAUGGGGCUAAGUCGCAAACUUGCAGCCUAAGGCAGAAUCUGAAGAACUUUCCAGAGUGUGCCCAUAUUUACCUGAUCAGAGAGAAAAGAAAAUCUGCAGAGGAAGCCGAGCCUGGCUGCUUGUCAUAGCUGACACAGAGCCAUCUGCCACAAACCUGUGGCAGCUUCAGAUCUCCAAUCCCUGCCACCACCCCAACGCAAAUUAAAUACAGAUUCCUAGAGACGCUAUGAUGGUUACACAUGUCCUCGGCAUCACAUGUAGGAGACUGUUCAAAAAAAAAUAUGUGGCCUGUUGUAUAACCGCACUCAUGUAUCCCAUAUGUGGUGCCACAUUGAAUUUCCGGUUGAAUCCGUUUUUAUCCUUUGUACUGGAUGACAUGGUGCCUGAAUUCUUUCUCUCUGCCGACACGAUGGCAGCCAAACUGCAGCUUCAAACACUCACACUUGGCCGAGUUUCUACCUGGGUUGCCAGGUUAUCAUCGGAGCCUUCUUGUGUCCUCAAAGGGCCACGGGGCCUAGAAAGAGGAUCAGAAUGCUACCGAACUAAUUGGGUAGCCAUCUCAAAGCUGCUGUAGGCAAAGGACUGCUUUAGCACUUUUCUUUUAGCAAAUUAAUGACUCUCUGGCAAAGGAGGUUUAAGUGAAGGUAUUAAUAAGGGGUCUGGCAGGUAUUCCCAUGAUUCACAGGGUUUCAUUUGCAUUUAAUUAAUCUUAAAGAAACUUGCAAGAUAAACAGCUGUAAUUCGGACAAACAUGGCAGAUUCAGUGAGUGAAGUCCUCUCAUCCAUAAAAUGAACACGAGAUACUUGUUUUAAAAUUUUUCCCUGUGGGUAAAAAGAGAAAAAUCAAAAUGCUCAUAACAAAACAUAAUUUGGUACAAAAUUCCUCAAAAAUACUUGCAUCCAACUAUAAAUAUAUUCCUUUUAAGAUAAGUCACUUAUGAUUCUUGGAGUCAGGCUGCUCUGUUUGUUGGUGUAAAGAUGUUUUAAAUGGCUGGAUUGUAAAAUAAAUUUUUAAUAAACUGCCCGCUGCAAUUUUAA